AAUAUCCAAGAAAAGACAUCACAGAUCAAAGAACUUUAGCCAUUUUGAGAGGCCACUCAUACAGAGAGAUAAAAAAUCCUAAACGGUCAAUUCACCGAGAGGUUGAAACUCCUUAGAUCGGAUACACACCCGUAAAUUACAUAAAAGCUCUCCAACAUUACUGAAGAUAGAGGAACACAUCAAGGACAGUCUUGAGUUCUGACGGGAUAAGAUGGAUACCAAAGAUUUGAAGAUCUAUUUUUGUGGCAGCAUCCAGGGUGGACGUCAAGAUGCGGAACUCUACUCCAGGAUUAUCCAUAAACUCAAGCAAUAUGGAAAGGUUUUGACAGAAGUCAUUGGAAACAAGGAUGUCCUGAAGAUUGAAGCUGAUAUGACAGAAACAGAGAUAUAUCAACAAGACAUCGCAUGGCUCGAUUCUUCUGACGUGGUGGUUGCCGAGGUUACCCAACCGUCCCUCGGAGUUGGUGUCGAGCUUGGAAGAGCGCAACUUAUGAAGAAGAAAGUCUUGUGUUUAUUUCGCCCACAAGAGGGGAAAGUUCUGUCAGCGAUGGUUCGAGGAGCUCAUGACGGUGAUUCGUUUAUAGUGAAGGACUAUCGGGAAGAAGAUCUGCCCACGAUAUUCAGCGAAUUCUUUUGAAAGAACAAUUUUACUCAUUGAAACGGCGGAGGUAAAAGAGUUUAAUGAGAGAUUCAUCCUCUUAAAUGUCACUUUCAAAAUAACCAGAGACUACAAAAAGGAAUCAACAUGUAACGUUUACACCUAAGACCGGCGAUAAAGUGUUGGCAUGCACCCUACCCAUCUAAUAACACUCUGCUUUAAUAUUUGGGAAUAUCAAACAAGGAGCGAAUGAAAAGAAAUAUAUUCACUCCCUAAGUUGAAUAUGACUGUCAUUUACAAAAUCGUCAAACAAUUGCUUGGGUGCUCUUGUUGACACGUCACCGUCCAUAAGGACUUCACCUUGAUCGGGAAUUAAACAUAUUGCGAUACUACACAUGGGUGUACAGCUGAUAAGAUAUAUCAAACCAUGGUGCAAACUAGGCUAGAGUAUGUGGUCCUCUUUCCUCCUACGUUCAUGAUAUAUAAGUGAUACGAGUCACUUUCUUGAUUACAAUUCGAGAUCAUUGAAUUCUUGACAAGUUUCCUCUUUCUUUACCCCACUCUAAUCUCCUAAAGGAACACUACGGUCACGGUACUGUUACACGAUACUUGUUAGCAUCAACCAUUUGUCAUUCUCUUCUUGAGUUAUCAUAGAAACAGUGCUUCUCAGCCAAUCGAAACCAGACUUCAAUGAUGUGAAAGCUGACAGUCAAUACUGACAGCUUUUACACUGUAAAAACGCUGUUUAAAGCACGUUGU